AUUUCCCCAUCCGUAAUCUAACAGUGUAAGAAUGGCAACUUCCACAACCACAACAAUAAUCCAGACAGUUUCCAGACUGUCGAAAGUUAGUUUUUCCUGGUAUGACUACAUCCUGUUUUCGGUCAUGCUAGUCCUUAGUGCUUUGAUUGGUAUUUACUUUGGCUGCUUUGGAAGUAAACAAUCAAGUGCCAACGAGUAUCUCAUGGGCGGAAAAACAAUGAGGGUCAUACCAAUCGCUAUAUCUCUAGUCGCAAGUCACACUUCCGGGAUUACUCUCCUUGCACUUCCGGCCGAUAUUUACCGGUAUGGGGCCGCCUAUUGGCUGGGGGGCAUCUCCAUGGCCAUUCUUUCCGUAGUGACAAUCUACGUCUACUUACCGGUGUUCUACAAUUUACAAAUUAUUAGCACGUACGAGUAUUUGGAACGACGUUUUGAUAAGAAGACGCGAUCGUUUGCGUCGUUUCUUUACGCAGUUUCGGUCUUUUUGUAUUUGCCAAUCGUUGUCUAUAUUCCAGCCUUGGCGUUUUCGGCCGCUUCAGGGAUUGACGUCCACUUGAUAGCUCCUGUUGUUUGCGCAGUUUGUAUUUUUUACACUACCAUAGGGGGGCUUAAAGCAGUCGUCUGGACUGACACUCUCCAGUUUAGUGUAACAGUGGGGGCCAUCAUCACAGUCUUUAUCUUGGGCGUGAAAUCAGCAGGUGGUUUCUUGCAAGUGUGGAACAAGGCAGUUGAAGGCCAAAGAUUGGAUAUUUUCGACUUCGAUUUGGACCCAACAAAGCGUGACAGUUUCUGGGCCAUUGUGAUCGGUUUAACCGUCCACUGGAUGGGGCACACCAGUGUUAACCAAGGCUGUGUCCAGAAAUUUCUCGCAGUUUCGACUUUGAAAAAAUCCAGUUUGUCCGUAGCUUUAUAUUGUUUUGGAAUGACUGUUGUCAAAACAUUCAGUGUUUUGACUAGGUUUAUCAUGUUUGCCAAAUACUCUGACUGUGAUCCUUUCACAACGAAACAAGUGACACGAAACGACCAGUUGCUCCCUUACUACGUGAUGGACGUUGCCCGGAACAUUCCGGGGCUUUCCGGUCUUUUUAUUGCCGGAGUUUUCAGUGCGGGUUUGAGCACACUUUCAGCAACUUUGAACUGUUUGGCUGGAACUUUAUACGAGGACUUUAUCAGCAAGUUUAUGCAUAAAGGGAUUACGGAAAAAUCCGCCAGCAAUAUUUUGAAAAUAAUUGUGAUAGUCACCGGAGUUGCGUGCACGGUUCUGGUGUUUGUGAUUGAACACAUGGGAGGGUUAUUAAAAUUGUCGAUAAGUCUAGGAGGGGUUACAAACGGCCCUCUGUUGGGUCUGUUUACUUUGGGAAUGCUUUUUCCGAGAGCCAACUCCAAAGGGGCGUUUUAUGGCACAAUCGGUGGUGUAAUUUUCAUUUCAACGUUAAUUUUCCCAACUAAAUAUUUUGAGACGCAAGGAUUGAUUAAAUAUCCUCCUAAACCGUUGUCAACCGAACGGUGCGAUUUUUUUAACGAGACGAAUAUUUUUGAAAAUGUUUUACACAGGAAUAGCUCAACUUAUUUUGAACCUCCUGCAAUUUUCCGAAUCUCGUUUUAUUAUUACACGCUUAUAGGGGCUCUUUCUACUAUAAUUUUUGCUUUAAUAAUUAGCUACAUGACAAAUAAAAAUGACCCUCCGGUUGAUAAAUCGCUGAUAAGUCCAGUGAGCCACUUUUUGCUUCCCAAAGACACUAAAACCAAUGGUGUUGUUGAGUACAAUACUGUUGAGAGGGCCCUCGAAGUUGUUACAACAAACUCAGGAAAAGAGAACAAAUGAUUAUUGUUUGUAGUUGAUUUUUAUUUACCUAUUUUAAAUAAAAUUUCUUUU